UUGAAAACCCAAUGAUGAAAGCACAACAGCAACCGCCAUGGAGACUGUUCACCGGCUGAACAUUGGCGGCACGUUCAUCUCGCCGGCGCAAGACACGGGUAUGUUUCGUGAAUGGUCAAAUGAUUUCGAUUACCUGUUAGAACCGAAUCAACUUAUACCUCUGUUAACGACUGUUCGCAUAAGAUUUUCAAAAAUACCCGAUUAUAUUGCUCCACAGAAAAUCUAUCAAUCUUCUUGGUCAAUGGAUCAAAUCCAAUAUAGGCAUGUUAACACUUGUUGUUUCACAUGGAAAUUGCCUGUUGAUGCUGGAUUUAGUUACCUUGUAAGAUUACAUUUCUGCGAACUUGAUUACGAAACAAAGGAGAUCGGUGAAAAGACAUUCAAGAUUUUGAUUAAUAAUCAAACAGUUGAGUCUAACGGUGAUUUGAUCAAAUGGGGUGUUGAAAUUGGAGUUGCGUUUUAUCGCGAUUAUAUCGUAUCAAGGAUGGUGAACCGCGAUCUCUUUAUAUCACUUUGCCCUCACAGGAACCAAAGAAACGACAUGUUAGAUGCGGUUUUGAAAGGCUUGGAAGUGUUAAAAUUGAGCAACGAUGAUCAAAAUCUCGCGGGCGAGACCAUAACCGUCGAGGCUACCUCGUUUGUUGGUUGGGAUUUUAGUUUCUUUAAGAAACUUGCAGCAACUAUAUUAGCCAUAAUCAUCGUAAUAGGCAUUAUCUUCAAUAAAUUAGUCUUUUGGAGAGGAAGAUUUGGUGACAAUAGACACAUUUCAUUAAUCUCAUUCCCACCAACAAAGAUUAAUGAGGAAACGGAAACCUGCAAGAUCUUUACACUCAACGAAAUUCGGAAAGCAACGAGCAAUUUCAGCGAAAACAUGCUAAUCAGAGGCAAUAAAAAUUGUAAUAUCUACAAAGGGUUGAUCAGAAAUGAUAAAACUAACAUGGUUACUGUCAAACGGUUUAUCCCUUCCGAGACUAAGCAAGGAGCGAAUCACGAGUUCACAACCGAGAUAGAAAUCCUAUCGAAGCUUCGCCAUAAACAUCUCAUAAAGUUGAUCGGAUAUUGCUCCGAUAGAAACGAAAAGGUCCUCGUUUACGAACAUAUGGCGAAAGGUUCGCUUGCCGAUCACGUCUACAUGUCGAGGGAGAUUGAAAACGAUCUUAAAUGGGACCAAAAGUUGAACAUUUGCUUGGGAGCGGCUCGUGGAUUGGAUUAUCUUCACACGGGGACUCAACAUAGCAUCAUUCAUCGAGAUGUUAAGAGCUCAAGUAUUCUUUUGGACGGGAAUUACGUCGCGAAAAUAGCCGAUUUCGGUUUUUGCAAGAUGAGCGCCACCACGAACGAUACGUUUACGGGCAUCAGCACCGAUCUGAAAGGCACUAAUGGUUAUUUAGAUCCCGAAUACUUCUUCACCCGUUGGUUAACGAAAAAAUCCGAUGUUUACGCAUUCGGAGUUGUCCUUUGGGAGGUUUUGUGUGGUAGGCCGGCCUUGAACACCAGAAUCAAGGAGCAACGUAAUCUCGCCCAAUGGGCACAACGAUGUUUUAAAGAAGGAAAGGUUGAAGAUAUCGUGGAUCCUACUUUGAAGUCGCAAAUAUCUCCGGCUUGUUUGAAAAUGUUUGUGGCCGUUGCUAAUGUAUGCUCGCAUAGUGUCCCGACUGAACGUCCCUCGAUGGCCGAUGUAGUGGCCAGUCUUGAACGCGCCGCUGAUUUGCAGCGGCGCGGUGGGAAUGUUUCCGAUGAUGAAGUGGACCGGUUAACUAAUGUCACGAAGAAUAAUAGAAGCUUCAAGUUGACGCUUUCGCAAGAUGAAGUAGAUGCCCUUUACAAGUAUUUCAAGCUCGACGAGAAUGGGCCAUAUACGCUAGACGAAUUGUGUAACCAUCUAAAGGCAUACAAGGCGUUCAAAAACUCUGUACCCGAUAAACGAAUUGCAGAAAGAUUUGGUGAUCGUGUGCGGGAAUCGUUAAUCGGAUUCCAAAAUGACAUCGAAUCAGGAAAAGUUCAUUUAGAGAAUAACCCUGAUGAAAUCCAUCCUCUCGCCAAAAUCGUCAUGGAUUACAUGAAGAACAUCUCCCACUACAACGAGACUAUCAAUACACUCCUUAUAAAUGACAAAAACAUCGAAGAAGACAAUAAUCCUGAGAUUAACCCCACCAAAUCCCAUUUCAAUUCCCUCGUAUCAAGCCUAGAACGUGUCCUUCAAGACGUAUCAACCGAUGUGAACAAGGAAGAAUCACAUAUGAACAUUUUUUUCAUGAAUAACAUUAACUACAUGGCCCAAGAGGUGAAAGAAAGCAGCGAACUAACAACCAUUCUCGGAGAUGAUUGGGUUAGAAACCGCAAAAGAAAAGUGGAAUAUCAUAAAUUCGAGUAUGAAAAACUCACCUUGUGUAAAAUAAAUCCUUUUCUAAGAAGUGAUUCAGGUUCAGGCAAUAGGAAUCUUCUAAAGGGGAACCUGAAGAGUUUUAAUAAUGCAUUUGAGGCUAUUUACAAGAGUCAAACUGCAUGGUACAUUCCAGAUUCUGAACUUCGUCGAGAACUGAGACUCUCGGUGGCCACUAAGCAGAUUCAGGCAUAUCGAAUCUUUGUCGAUAAAUGUGAACAUAAUCAUCUGGAUAGGUACAUUAAGUACUCAGCCGAGGACCUGGAAAAUUACUUUGAGGAUCUGUUUGAGGGAUGUCCUAAACAACUGAAUAACCGUAAUAGAAGACAAUCAUGAACCAUGUUAUUGAUACCUCAAUUUGCUUAUUGUAUGUGCAUUAGUUUUGUGUUUUCCUAGUUUGGAAGUAGUAGUAGCAGUUGCAUAACAAGAAUGAACCAUAAUUUUAGAUCAUAUGAUGUAAUUUUGCAUCUAAGGUUAAAAAUGCUCAUUGGUCAUUCUUUUUUAUU